GCAGGAACACACUGACUGAGUUUGUGGCGCUGUUGCCAGCUUUGUAGCAUCAUCGCCAUGGAACUUUAUUUGUGCACCCUUUAAUGACGGUGUAUAAAAGACAACGUUUUCGGUUUAAACCACAGAAACGAUGUUUUCGACAAUUCCGUUGUAUUCCGUCGCGCACCAGUGUAUAUGUGAGGGGUACGACAGAAAUAGCAGUUCUUGUCUGCACUUAGGGGGCACUAUGCUCCUUCUGUUUUCAAAUAUGUGUUUGCACCGCUAUACAUUCCAGUUUUUUUAUUUACUAAUAUUAUUAUUGUUAUUGUUUUAGGAUUUCGUCCUUCCAAGCAAUACUUUUUGUGAGCUAGGUGUUGAAUCGCGCCACCUAUGAUGCAUGACCUUUACUUUGCGAGGGCCGGUCCUGGUGGACACCAUUCCUCGUGGAACAAAGAGUUUUCGUGGGCAUCAGGUCUCGUGGGUGAGCAGAGUUGUGAAGUUCACGUCGGCUUGAUUGCACUAGCAAGCGGCAGCGCGUGUGUGCUUGGAAUCGUCCGCUGGCUGCAGUCAAGAGUCCGUGCGCGGAUCCCUAACCCUUCCGACUGCCUAUCGUGAAGUCAUGUUCCAGAGCAGGUGCGGCGUUCCUGCUGGAUGGAUCCGCAAGGUCUGCCAGCGAAAAAGUGGACGCACCGCGGGUAGAUAUGACGUGUACAUUUACAGCCCCCAAGGUCGCAAAUUCAGAUCACGAAGAGAACUGACAGCGUUUCUCGGUUACAUAGGUAGUGGCCUAUCAAUUUCCGAGUUUAACUUUUCCGCUGCAAGAAGGGAGUGCGAGGCCGGCUGUUCUGAUUGUGCGAGCCCGAAAUGUCUGCCGGGUCCCAACGAGGCACCACCACGGGAGCCAUCAGCAGCAGGUGACAAAGCCUCAACAAGCGGGGUUUCUGUGACGAGUGGGAUCAGCGGGCCACUGGCGCCGCUCAAGGAGCACUCGGAGGAGGUGAGUGCUAGGCCUAACGUGGCACCUUCUACUGCCACCGCGUUCGGAAAGGACCCCGACACUAGGGAUGAGCAUGCCGAGAAAGCCAAGGAUGUUGCAAUCGACAAGGAGAUGCAAACUGGAGAAACGCAGGUUAUCGCGGCGAAGACUGACUCAACUCCGUCAGCGGUUCACCUGCUCGAGCGGCAGCCCACAGCUGGGGAAAAGAUGGCGCCUGAGCCGAAAGACGAUCCCGGUCGCGCGAUCGAUGCGUCUCGUGACCAACCACAGCGGCCAGACGAAGCUGAUGGGAAGCCGGCCGUUGAGAACUGUGAACCGAAGGCGAAUCCAAGUCUGGCGCCUCAGCAGAAGAGUUUCGAUGUCAAGAAGACAUCGUCGAAAGAACCUCACCGGCUUGCAAAGGCGACUACUUCCAACUCAAAGCCGAACGCCAAGAAGAAGCUUGGGCUGAAGAGCAAGCUGGAAGCAAGGCGGAAGGAUAGGCUCAUCGUGAGUAGUUCAUUGUUCAAGAAAUUUGAACGGGUCCCGGCAGCUAAAAUACAUUCGACCUCCGAGAAGCAGCGACCUGACGCAAAGAGCGAGCCCCAACCAGGCCCGUCGCUAGAGGGUAAGGAGGAAGGCACGUCUUCCGAACUGUCCAUCGAGCUUGAGGCAAAGCCGACAGUUGAGGCGAAGCAGAACUCCGAGCCCAAGAAACACCCAUGUGAUGCGCCCAUGUGUGACCUCACCGCAGGUGCACAAUCGAAUUUAGAUCAGGUCGAAAAACCUCCCUCAACCAGUGGUGGUCAGCCGCCUGUUGAAAAGAAGCUCAAGACGAAGAAAAAGUUUGCGCUGAAGCGUAAAUUCGUAGAGGACAACGUGCUGUUCACGGAGUUCCACCUCAUCAAGCGUGUGCCUGUAGUUAAGCCGAAAGGUAGCGAGCGAAAGUGAGUGAAAGCAACCAUUUGGGUGAGCAGGCGUUCAGUUUUUGUGUUCGACAGACCGGGAAGAACACGUGAGUGAUGGGAGGUAGGAAUGCAAGCCCGCGUACUACGCGUCGCUGGAUAUGAGGGAGCAAAAUAUCUUCAACCGUGUGUGUUGUGCCUUUUUUUUUUUGUUCUUCCGGGUUUAAGAACAUUUUGUUCUUGUUUUUAUUGUGGAUUGACAAUUAUUGGGUUUCAAUAAAAUUUUGCCAUGUCGAA